GUGUCGCGUGCGUCCGAGGUUGCGCACAUAUUGGACGCAGCAAACGAUAAUCAGGAAAUUCAAGACCCCUGGGGUCUGGGAACCCCUGGGGAUGAGGUCCAAUUUGUUCCUUGUCUCCCGGGCGUUUUUCGCCCCUUUGGAUUCAGUGCUUUAGGUUCGUAUGACCACACUAUGAAGAUGUGGGACAAUUGUAACCCUGCUGGUGUCAUGAUCAUUGAUCACGGGCACCCUAUUGAGUAUAUCCUGGUUCUUCCAUCCGGUGGGCUGUGUUCCUCCGCAGGGUAACAAAAAUAUCAAGUGACCGUAGGUCAGUCUGGUCAGAUAAAUUAGGCAGAACGAGAUUUCAUCAGUCAUUAGUAUUUAGUAGAAAUCAGCAUUGGAUUAAGUGAUCAACUUUGAUUAGGGAUCAAAGUUAGAUCCAGGAGCAGACUGGCUGACUGAUGCGAUAUUUCGAACAAUAUUGCAGCACGUCUAUCUUGUCAAUGUCAAAUAUACCAUAUUCCGGUAUAUUCAACCUUAUCAAGGUCACAGGUGAGCCAAGGUCGAAUAUACCAAAUCGGUGAGUGAUAAUCGCGCGCGUGUUUCUCGCGAGUCUUUAUGCGAUGCUUCCACUGUGCCGUUUUUGCGCGGGAAAUUUCAAACUUCAUUUUUCAUUGCAUUCGCCUACUUUUGUUUUGCUACACUGAAACGUCGCAUUUUGACCAUUUUGAUCCGGAAAUCCCUUUAUUUUGCGAUGGAAGAAGAAACGACCAGCGCAUUUAACGACACGUACAUGAAUCUGGACGAGUUUCACAGAGAUUCAGCGGGAUAUUUUGAUAUGAAAUCGCUGGUGCCCGAGAUGACGAAAUCAGAACCAUGUUGUAUGGGUAUCGAUGAGGCAGGGCGUGGUCCUGUGUUAGGUCCAAUGGUGUACAGUACCAGCUAUUGUCCAUUGUCUCAAGAUCAGAAGUUAAAAGAUUUGGGUUUUGCAGAUUCCAAGACUUUAAAUGAGGAAGAGAGGGAAGAGUUGUUUAAAGCAAUCAAUGAAAAUAAUAAUUUUCUUGGCUGGAUAACAAGAAUACUUUCUCCAAACUAUAUUUCGAAUGAAAUGUUGAGAAGGACAAAAUAUAACCUGAAUCAGAUAUCACACGACACUGCAAUAUGGUUGAUCAAAAGUGUCAUUGAAAAUGGGGUUGAUUUACAACAGGUAUAUGUGGAUACAGUUGGUGAUCCGAAAAAAUAUCAAAAAAAACUAGAACAUGAGUUUCCACAUCUUAAAAUUACUGUGAAAGCUAAAGCUGAUGCAUUGUUUCCCAUUGUGAGUGCUGCCAGUAUUUGUGCCAAGGUGGCACGGGAUAGAGUCAUUCAAACAUGGAAAUUCAUUGAGAAUAUGAGUUUUCCAACUGAAUAUGGUUCUGGUUACCCAGCAGAUCCAGCAACAAAGAAAUGGCUGGCUACAAUAGUUGACAGGAUUUUUGGAUUCCCACAAUUUGUACGCUUCAGUUGGUCAACUUGUAAAGAAAUACUGGAUAAACAGUGUGCUCCUGUGGAAUGGGAUGAUGAUAAUGAAGAGGAGACAGCUAAGGAUCUAAAGGGAACUGCAAGCAUAACUUCAUUCUUUGGAAAAUCAAACAACAAGGCCGAAAUAAAACCUCAUCAAUUCUUCCAGGAGAGAUGUCUAGAACCUGUCACAUUUUUUUAAUGUUUUUGUACAGACAAUAAUGUAGAAUAAUGUGAAUAAAUAAAUAUAAAUACAAGUGUUUUUGCACAUGUAAUUUGAACACAAAGUUUAUUGUUUAUGCUUAAACAGUUUAAACGCGUUCUU